AUGGCUCGCAAGCUGACCCCUUUCGGGCAACUCCGGUUGCUCUUUAAGUUCACGCUAUUUACCCUGCCAUUCGCGGCUGUCAAGGUUAGCCGGGCAAUUAUCAGGGCAUGGUUGAGUAAUCUCCCCCUGAGACUAGCUAUCUGGAACGGGUUUGUCGGUAGCCUGAUGGUCAACACGCCUCCGGAUCAGCUUCAGGCCAUCUUACCGCCGACCUUUGACACGUACAGCACGUGGGUGUUAUCCAAGGGUAGAGAAGUGGAUGCUGACGUCUUGAGCGCGGAUACCUCCACGAGGUUGCUUUGGAUAGGACCUAAACGAAGCAAUAAAGUGCUGCUGUUCUUCCACGACCUGAUCCCUACACACCCGUAUCCUCGGCAGAUGCUGCAAGCUCUCAUCGCGUUUAAACACCUCCUGUCCUCCGGGUAUAAUCCGUCCGAUAUCGUCUUUGGGGGAGACUCUGCAGGAGGCCAUCUAUCUUUGUCGCUGCUGUCCCAUCUCCACAAUCACCGCCAAUUUGACAGCAUGGACGGCAAAGACAGAACUUCAAUCGAUUUAGUCGACAAUGUACGAGGAUGCUUCCUGGUGUCACCUCUAUGCUCCUACAAUUUCAACACUCCCUCCUACCAGCGAUGGUUCAGCGCCGAUGUCCUUGGCCGCACAGUGGUAAGCAAAUGGGGCAACUACCUGGUGGGAAACUCGUCCUGGCACCAGGAAAUAUCCUCUGGCCGGGGCUGGGGGAUGGCACUCGAUGUCCCAGAGACAUGGUGGAACAACCUUAAUGUGGUUGACCGAAUCCUUGUAACUGGAGGCUAUGAGGAGGUAUUCAGAGACCAUAUUGAACAGCUAGGCGAUGUCCUCUUGCGAAAUAGUAAUGGAGAUGUGGACUUGUACAUGGCCAACGAAGCUCACGAUGGACCACUGGUGGAUUUUGCAGGCGGCAGAGCUCCAAGUGAGACGACAAAAACCAUCACGCGCUUUAUCAUCUCGAGUUUUAUGAGAUAA